AUGAAUUCAAUCCCUCUUGAUCUUUUUUACGAGAUAUUCUCUAGACUGCCAGCCAAGUCAAUAGGGAGGUGCCGUUGCGUGUCGGAGCAAUGGAGGUCCAUACUUUGCAGUGCAGAUUUCACCGAGUAUUGCUCAACCAAUAGUCGUCCCAGUCUCUUAUUCGCCAUGCGUAAAUUUAACAGCAGUGCGUUUCUCUUCUUCUCCUCGCCUCAGAUUCAGUCGAGGCCGUCGUCCUUAGCCGCCCCCUAUUUUGAACUGAAUUUGCCGCUAUACUUUUGUGGUCAUGCCUCUGGUUUGUUUUGUUUCCGUCGUAUGAAAAUGACAACGAUGGAGAUGAGAGAGGAUACAGUGGAGCAUGUGAUAUGUAACCCAUGCAUGGGACAGUAUGUUUUCUUACCUAAACUGAAGACUACGAGUUAUCGUAGCUUUUUAGGGUUUGAUCCGAUUGACAAGGCAUUCAAGGUAUUGUCACCCUAUUCAUCAUCUUCUGCUUAUAUUUUGACAUUUGGAACUGGUGAAAGGAGGUGGAGAAAGAUACACUUUCCCUUGGACCAUAAGCCUUCGUCUGAAGGGAUAUGCAUCAAUGGAGCUUUAUAUUACUUGGCUCGAGAAGCCUAUGCUCCAACUAACUUUAUAGCCUGCUUUGAUGUUCGGUCUGAGAAAUUCAAGGUUAUUCAGGAGGAAAGACUUACUGAUUCGGAUGCAACAUUGAUAAACUACAAGGGUAAAUUAAGUGCGAUUAGUCUUAGCCAGGAAGAGGUGCGUAUAUGGGUUCUAGAGGAUGACGAGAAACAGGAUUGGUCGGAGUAUGCCUACACUCUCCCUGGUGAUAAAUUCCGUGACGUUGAAUGUGAUGUGUUAAAGGUUUACGUAGCUGGAGUGACGUCAGCUACAGGGGAAAUUGUUUUGAUGAAUCUAAACUAUCAGCACCCGCCGGGACCAUUUUAUGUUUUCUACUUCCAUCCCGAAAGGAACGUUAUCAAACGUGUUGAAGUCCAAGGUUUUGGGUGUCAUGGUGCAGUUGACGCCUUUGUAGACCAUGUAGAUGAUCUUAGGUUUGAUAUUAAAUCUUGGCAGCCGGAUGUUCCUAGGUUUGAAAGCAUUAACAAAUACAAUGCUCUGCGUCUUUUAGAGGAUAUGUGA